UCAUUUUCGCGACGGAACGAAACGAUAGUGAAGACAAUUUCUGUUAGACCGGAUGUAAUUUCAAGUGAAUAGCUUAAUUUUUCAGCCAUUUUGUGCUAAAUUGCUACUUUUAUAGUCAAAGUUGCUGACAAAGUGAUAAACUUUUCAACCUACAUUGUUUCAGUGCGAUUAGUUCAGUAUUUGGCUUCUUUCGAACUAUGUCUCAGAUCUGAUUUCUUGUUCGUUUUAUAAUUUGUUGCUAAUUGAAAAUGGACGGCAAAACAUUGAUAAAUUGUUCCGACAUUAUGGACGAAAGUAUCUGCACUGUUAUAAUUCUGCGCUACAAGGUGUAUCGAAACGACAGUGGCAAAUUAUUCGGAAAAUUGCUCUUCUUGAAACACAAAGCGGAAAAUUUUUUGAAAGAGGUAUUUGACGAAGAAGUUCUAUUUCAAAAUCCAACUUUGCAACGUACGAAACAAGGCUUAUUAGAGCUGAUCCAAGGAUUAACGUAUUUGUGUUCCGGAGUCACACCUACUGGCGAACAAUUAUGCAUUCCGGAACUAUCGUUACAAGAUACAGCGUCCAAUGAGUCAUCGUACGAGAUGAAAUUUGUCAAGGGUGUAUCGUUAUCGGAUUUAUGGCUUAGCUACGUCGAUAACGAAGAAUUUUUACGUCUUUUGCAACGAUUAAGAGAAAAGUACGAUAAAGAUGAAUUGCAACCGUUUAUGUUCUAUCCGAGAAUUGGGGAACAUGUUUACUAUAGACAGGGGGUCAAUAUAUUCCGUGGAGUGGUUCUCGAAUACGUCAUAUUAGAUGAGAACAAAGAAGACGAUAAAGAAGAAGCCGACGUUGACAUUAAAGUAUUAAAUAUUGAUAACUCGGACGUUGCGGUAUUACCUCAAAAUUGUUUCUUUCAAUUGGACAAAGAGGGUACCGAAUUACCCAUGCAGUGUGUUCGUUGUACUUCAGACGAGACUAACAUAUCAUUUAGUUUAUUGCAAAAGCAUAAACUCAACGUGAUAUUCCAUCGUAAAAAAGUACCCGUUGAAGAUUCGCCUCUCGGAGCCCAAUCCGCCAGCAUUAGUUUAUGCACCGAUAAAAAUGGUGUCCUCGUUCCGCGAAAUUCGCCGGAUUUGAUAUUCGCCACGUACGCCGACGCCGUUAAUUCCAAUCAAAUACUCAAUCGAUCGUGCCAAACGUCCGCCGACGAAGACGACGUUUGCGAAGGUGUCUCAGACGAAUCGGUCGUUGAUCCGGAACUCAAUCAAACCGGCGAGACUAAACCUGACGAGGACAAUUCGUACUCUAGUCAUAGAACCAAACAAGCCGUCGACGACGUCGUCGUCGCCAUGAACAACGUCGCUAUCGACGACCCAGCUACGAAACUCAAUAAAGACGCAGCGUCUAUGAAUUCCAAAGAGAAAACCAAAAUCGAUAAAAUCAAACCGGCCACGAAACCGGUUGAACGAAGAGAUUCUAGUCUAAACGAUAUGGCGGCGUGUCGCCUUAAAGUCACCCCGAAUACGGUUCCUUCGUCAUCGGCUUAUCAUUAUUUAUCCGGACCUCAGUUCCAUUCGACUCCUAUGCAUUAUCCCGGACACUACAUGCCAUACGCUGCCACCCAACACAUGAACCCUGCCGCCGCCCAAUUCCAUUUCCCGCAGUAUCCUUACGGUCCUUAUAUUCCGCAAACGGCUCCUACAAUCCAACCUCAGCCACCUCCUCAUACUCAGCCUUAUUACAUGCCGCCUUCGUCCACUGCUUAUCAAUCCUACGUUCAGCCCGUAGCUGCUCCUAUCAUGGCUUCGUAUUUCCCCUCGCAGCCUCCUUACGCGCCUGGCUUCUAUCCAGUGCCGCCUUCGCAGCUGCCACCGUCGUGGCCUCAAGUGCAGCCCAAUUACAGGGUCAGUACGCCUUCGCCCGUUAGCGUCGUUUCAGUCGCUGUUAAUAAAGCCGAAGCUAUGAACGCUGUUAAUUCAUCGGCCAAUCUUAAUAAACCCAAGUAAACGAUGACCUUUUUCCAUAUCGAGUUCCUUUUUUAUUUACGUUUUAGUUACGUUCCUCUUUUUUCCCUCUUCACUCUCGCCGACGCGACUUGGUCGUUUCAUUUUCGCAAUUCUCGUGAUUUGCACCCUCCUUAUACACUUCUUAAGCUUUAUUUACUCUUAUGUAUAUGUUUGCAAAUUACAUAUUGUAUUACACUCGUCCUAAAUAUUGGCGUACUCUUAAUUCCCCGUCCCUUAUUCGUCGAAUUGCCAUGAAACUCCUCCACUGUUAGGAUUUUCGUCUUCCAAAACCCUUGCUCAUAUUUUUUAAGCAUUUCUUGCGACACCUCAUCAUAUUAUAACGAUAAUCUCUCAUUUUGUAUAUUUUUUCUUUUUUCUUUUCUUUUUUUUUAAUGUAUUCGGCAACGCGAAUCGUUUUUUAUAGAUUUUAGCUUUUGACGAAAAACCCUAAGUUUAAAUAUCUACUAUCUUAUGUUUAGUAAUCGGCCUCUCCCCUUAGGUGGCUUUCCAGAAGGCCUAAAAAUACGUAUGCUGGAACUUAUAUACGUCGUAUAUAAAUUUUAUAUGUAUUACCAGAGUUAAAAAUUGUAAUUUAUAUAAACCGUGUUUUCGUUAAUUUUAUACCUAUAUAUUUUCAUGUUGAAUUUGUAUUUUUUUUUUUUUUAUUUAUACACAAAUUACUCGUACGUAUGUACUAUUACGUUCGCCGACGCGAUUAUUAAUUUAUAUAGUUUAAUAUUGUUGAAACGUAUUGUAAUUUGUUUCAUUUGAUAAGCAAUAAAUGUUUCUAUUUUUGCAGUUCAAA